AUGUCAACAUUUAUUUUGCAUCCCCAACAAUGUCUUCUGGCAACCGGUCCACUACCAGCAGCAUUCGACACCGCGAAGCCCGUCUUGGGUUUCCUGAUAGCCACCAUGGCCAUCUUGUCGAUGCUGUUGGGUAUCUUCGUCCACUGUUGUCGGUUCCAACGGUACAAAAGCAAUGCACCGCCGCGGCGCGACCGACGCCACCCUCCAGUAUCUUUACGCAUGUUCCCAGCUUCAAUGGAAUGAGGAAGAUCUCCAGCUCUCUUGGGAACUGUGGUCUCUCGGUUAGCUCUCCAUCGCCGUUUGCUUAUCGGAAGACAACACCUUCGCCGGCAUUGACCGAAGCCACUGAACCGAUGAGUGACAACAGCUUCGGAGCUUGGAGCAACUCGAGCAGUACGCUGGAUUCUUCUUUCUCUUCCAUCUCAAGCUCAAGCCGUCGCCUUUCCCCUCAAAUGUUUGACGGAGUUACUAGCCACCAUGUGCUAUCAACGACGAUUCGCCCAAGUCCUAUUCCACCACCCAAGAAGUCCAUCAAGAAGGCGAUCCCGCAACGAAAGAGCCCCGAGCAGCAACAGCAACAGCCGCAAUCCAAAAAGGCCAAGUCAGCUAAUCAUCAGUCGGAUGACUUAUCUCGCAAGUCUCGAGUCAAGACGGAGCUGUGCAUGCACGUCAAGCAAGGUGCCAAGUGCCCGUUCGGUGCUCAGUGUACCUUUGCGCACAGUGAGGAUGAACUCAAGAUGACCAAACUACUCGACCUCCAACGAGCGGGGUGGAUUGACAGUGUUGAUACAUAUCGCACCAAGCCUUGCUUCCUGUUUGUUAGUGCUGGAUCAUGCCCUUUUGGAACACGGUGUUCCAGCCUUCAUGACAAGCGGGUUUCAGCCGGUACGGCUGUCAUCAGUUGGUUGCCUGUCACGGAGACCCAGGGGAACACUAUCCCCACUGAUAUCAACGUAGAGUGCAAGCAUCAGAAACGACUCUACAGCUUGCUGCACGAUAGCCCAUUUGGCUCCAAGUUUUCCUAUGAUAAUGACCCAGCCGUUCUCUAUAAACUGGUUUGCAACAUCUCUGGAAAACAAAAGGGGCGCCCGUGUGAGGUCUUGGACAUGCACAAGGUAUCUAUCGCUUUGCAGAUGCAAGGCACUCCGGAAUGGAACUACAAGUUUCGUCCGCAGCACAUGAUUCACGGAGAGCUGUGCAUGGAGCUUCAGAAACGAUUCUUUCGGUUGACUGAAACGGGACAGGCCCUUGAGAUUCAGGAAGAAUCCUUUAUACCUCUAUCCCCGAGCCACGUUCUCGUACGAGAGAUUGCCUUUGGCCCUGAUUGCGAUCCCUCGGUCCGCGAUGUCGCUCUCUGGUUCAACAUCUUGGACAAAGAUGUUACGUUGUGCACCCCUCAGCAAGCUAAGCGGUUCCGAUGGAAACGAGGAGGUGGAGACAACAAAUCCCCCUCAUCGUCUAUCUUUGACGACAUGGAUUGCUUUGUCAUGAUUCGCCCUCACGAUUGCGAUGCUUCUGCAUUGACAACCAAAAUCCUCCAGCAUCGCCUUGCGGUACUUCAGGCGCAUCAGAUUUCUUACACACUGCUUGGUGGCAACGCGAAUCUCCUGGCCUUGGAUCGACAGCUUUCAGAGCUGCUCAAGCUCAUCGUUGCUCACAUGGAACACUGGAAGCGCUGGGCAUGGCCGAUCAAUGAAGGCCGUCAUCAUGUCGAUGAGGAAACCUGCGUGCCUCCCGUAGACGAACUUUACUACAAAGACCCCAACAGCAUGCCUAACCCAUCGAACGUGACGAAACCGGCGGCGUCCUUCGACCGACCCUCAGCGAAGAUUUGGGAAUCCUUCGUUUCUCGCCCGAAUGCUUGGCAAACCCCGUCCGAGAAGAAUCGCCUUCCCAUUUUCUGUGCACUUUCCCGAGGACAAAAAAUCUGUCCCAAUCGCACUCUCCCGCACAUUCUGAACAAGUAUUCUUCUUGUCGCCCGCUUCCAGAGGAUGAGACAAGCGAACAAUGCUGGCGUUCACUUCUAUUGGACGACGAAGGGCAACACAACAUGUGGGAAGUCGUGCGAGAGCAUUUUGAGCGCUCUCGUUCGAACAAAGUAUUGAAGAUUCUCCAGCAAAAGCGAAUGCCGGAAGAUUAGCUUCAUAGCGCGUCCACACUGCUGGUUGGUACACGCAAACCAUGCAGACCCAGUACCGUACUAGUAUGGUAUCGGAGACGGGAAAUUCCAAAAGCCUGCUUACGGCGAAAAACACUAUUGGAGGGUACGAACGAAGGGGUGAUUCUUCACAACAAGUGAAAAAUCGAGAAUUCGUUCCUCGUGUAUAGAAACCUAGAGCUAGCCCUAAUUUAAAACAAGACACUACGAAGUG